AAAUUUUUUUGCUGAGGAGUUCGAAGAUAUUGCUAAGUUAUAUUUAAUUAAUGUAAUUUCUAAAUAAUAAACGAUAAGAUAUUAUAUAAUAUUUACUAUACGAUGAUGAGGACUUGAAGAAAAGCCUUUUACUACAGCAACAGUGUUCACAAUUCUUGAAGAAGGUCAAGCUAUUCACCAAAACGCUGCGAAACUUGAAGCUGAGCAAAAUAAAAGAUAAUGCUAAGAGAAAACAAAGUAAUAACUGACCGGAUGUCGGUGUGUGAUGGUGUAUGUUGUGGAGACCAGUGGAUGAGAUCCUGUAUUGGAAAAAUUUACUUCACAGUAUUUUGCCAGCGAUGCGGCUUCCGACUUCUGAUAUUGCAGUUCGUCCAGCUAGUGGGGCACCUUUUAACGUUUACCGGUGUGGGAUAGCCAUUCCGGUCCAGAUCUAUAUAAGCCUAGUCAACUCUUCGCGCGCUCUUUUUACGUGACACCACUUUUAUUAGUUUUCGGAAGGAACAUAAUAUUGAGUAACUUCGAAAUUCCAAACAGGCACGCAGUGUUGAAAUAAGUCAUGCAUAAUUUUUUAGACAAAACUGGCUUAAUUAUUAGUCACCCCACCUGUUCAGCAGAGCGUAUCUCCCUAAAACCGACAAAUGUAUUCAUCGAGUUUAUUCAUAGGAUACUAUAACGCGUCCACGCAUUUACCAUAUCGCAUACCAUUUCAUAUACUGUAGUACCAGUGACACAUAUUUCGUGCAAUAUUGUUUACAAGUGAACAUGAAGAAAAUUGCGAGUGCCAAAGUGCUGUUCGGAUGUUUCAAUACGAUAUUUUUUGCAUGUGGUUUCAUCAAAGUAGUAUGCGGUUUUCUGCUUCUGUGCGACACUCGAAGGAUUCUUCUAUCUCGAUUGCUCGCAAUGCCGGAAGACGGUUUGGAAGAGCCGCCGUUCUACUACGUUGCGCUUGGUCUUCUUGUCGCUGGUAUCACGGUUUGCGCAGUAGCUGCCAUUGGAGUGUGGGCCACUUACUUACCGGGAUAUGUUAUUUUGACUAUUUACUUCCUAGUAGUGCUGGGGCUGUUGAUGGGCGAAUGCGCUGCUGGCGUGGUUGCCGCGAUCUGGCCGCGUUGCUAUGGCAUCCAGAGCACGCGUGGUGGAGCUGUGGGCGCCCUACAGAGCUACUACGCUGUGCCGGACUUUGAGCACUUUACCGCCGCGUUGGACUUAGCGCAGACUGAGUUGCAGUGCUGCGGUAUGACGAGCGCUCGCAACUACGACAUGUCCCUAUGGCAACUGAGGAGACUGGGGCCGCGCGGUAUGUCUGCGCCGCUCAGUUGCUGCGUACAACCGCACGGCGAGCGCUCUUACCUCAACCCCGCGCCCGUCAACACGUCGCGCUGCCAGGACAUUACGCCCAACGCGCAGUACCGAUAUGUGCCGGGGUGCCAGACUAAACUUGAAGAUUGGUAUCAGCAUCAGUACUUCAUAUUCAUGAUCUCUCUAUUCGUCCUCGCGAUUUUCAAACUGGCUAUUCUGCUGAGCACUGUCUUUUCAUGCAUUCGGCUGAGGAAGAGCAAACAAGAUGUCCAUACUUUCAUGAUAAAAGGUCUCGGCAGUAAGGCGAACGAGAACAUCUACGAACGGAACAUGAGUUUGCACGAUGAGCCCAUAACAGCAAAGUACAUCCAACCAAACAACUUCUACAGCCCCCGUGUACGAAACCCUCGUAUUUUUCACACUAAACCCAACGAGAUGGUAUGAGAAUUAACCGCGGAGAUAAAUGCUUUAGAGAGAAGAUUGGAACGUUUCUCGGACAUUCUACACAAACAUCAGGCGGACUCUAUUAUGUGGUAAAGAUUGUCGCGGUUUGUGUUUAAUGUGGUGCCGCUGCAUAACUCUUAUGUUAAAGGUUGCUGUAUACAUAAGGUAAGGCGAAACGGGACGGAAUGUAAUAUAAUAGAGGAAACGGUCCGCCGUGUUGUGACGGCAGAACAGAAUACAAUCAUCACUCCCAAUUCUGGGAGGCCCUAAGUCCAGCAGUGGACUGUUGUUGGCUAUUGAUGUACAGGAGAAGGAUAAGGCCCACAAGUGAAACCUAGAUAUCGUCUAGAACAACAAGAUAUCAUCCAUUAAAUUUAGCAUACCAAGUCUCGUCCGUAAUUCUAUGAGUUACAUUUGCCCUGCAAUUCGUAGUGACGCGCAUUGUAUUUAAUUUCAUCUCAUUUUCGUAAUACAUAUGUAUCAGUACGCAGUGUAAAAUGGAACUUAUGUUGUUAUAAAGCUCAAAUUUGUCUACAAUUCGUGUGUUGCCGUCUUUCUCCGUCUCUCACUGUAGGAGUGAGUGCCAUUAGGUCAAUUUUGUUUUGACUGUAUAAUGUUUCAAGUAGCGAAAACUUCUCCUAUUAUUCUCUUUGCGAGCGUGCGAAUCUUAUUCUUCGGGCACAGGGAUCUUAUGAGUAUCCGAAAGCGUAACCAAAUCCGAAAUCGAAGAAGAAUCUAAAUGAGCCAAUAUUUCGAAAAUCGUUAUCAUUUAUGUUGCCUAACCUAACCUAACCAUACAGUCAGUCAUUCAUACUUGUUUACUUACAUUUACAAUACCUUAAAAUUCUAAUAUCCGUAACUGAAACUAUCGGAAAGUUCGGUAUAAUUUCAUAUCCGUAUCUAAGACUAUUUUUCAUUUAUCCGUAAUCCGUAUAAUUAUCCAGAUCAGAAAUCGUUAACGGGUAAGCAUUGUAACCAACUUGUUAUUUGAUUUGUCUGUCUUUUCUGCGCCGCGUUUACGUCCUAACCCGGUUAUGUAUGCAGCAACCUUUAUUGCACCGUGCCAAUACAAUUAGCUAGAAAUUAUGCUUGCGACUGAUUUAU